AUCAGGUACAGGGCGGGGCAGAGCAACAACGACAAGAGAAGAGACCGGCUGUAAACUGCAAAGGAUUCGGAACAAUCAAAUAGGGGAAGUUGUUGUUCGCGGGUGGAAGGUUUACUGGGGGGAAAAAUCUGCUAAAAUGGCUUAUAUGAAGACUGUAACAGCGGGUCAAUCAUUUAACAAUCAGGAUAAUUCUACUUUGGCUCUGCCGCCGCCCGGAAGGUUAAGCUCUUUGGCCCGAGUGGAUAGUGAACGCAGAGUUAACAACCAAGUACGCAUGAUGAUGCAGAAUAAGAAAAAUCAUCAGUCGACCAUUAAACGAGAAGGGUCAAAUGGGCAAAAAGACGUUGUUGACCUUGGAAAUAGAAUGCAAAGUAUUACUGUGAAGAGCCAAGGAACUCUGAGGCAAAAGACUUCACCCUAUGAUGGUACAAUGAAUGGAUUUCCUAAAGUGGAAGACAACCAUCUUUAUGGAACGGGAAUCACAAGAGGGAAACGGCACAAGAGUGUGUUCAGUUCAUACAGCGUGAAGGGGACCAGAUCAAUUAGUGCCCCAUCAUAUCGCAAAUAUUCUGGUCCAUACAGUCCACAGAGUGAUAAUGAUGUCUUUCUCUACGGUAUUUCAUCCAGCCGAAGUGAGCCAGAUCUCAUUAAUGUCGGAACUUCAGCAACAAUCAAACGAAAAAAAAGCAACCGCAGAGCGUCAGCCCAGACCAGGAGUUACUUUAUGAGAACAACCAAGACCAUGCCGUCUCGCAUUCUUUCAGACACUAGAAGUCCUGAAAACGUUAGGUUAGUACGGUCAUGUACGCAGCUUCAACCUCCAAAGAGAGACGGUACCAGAAGGAAAGUCGAUGGAGUGCGAGAAAUCAGUGGAGACUUUAACUUGCAAAAAGCGGUGGCUCUUUUAAGCACUCAAGAUCCCAAUGUUCAGGCUUAUGCUUCUUCCUACAUACAGAAUGAAUGUUACAAGGAGGACAGCGCUAAAGCAAUGAUUUGCCAUUUGGGUGCAAUUCCUGAAUUAAUUAACCUUUUGAAAAUCAAAAAUACCAAUGUUCAGCAGUCAGCAUGUGCAGCCCUCCGAAAUGCAGUCUUUAAGAAUGUCACCAACAAGUUGGAGGUAAAGAAGCACGAUGGAAUCAAACAAGCACUUCAACUGCUGAGAGAAACAACUGACCCAGAAACAAAGAAGCAAAUAACUGGACUUCUGUGGAACCUUUCAUCGUGUGAUGCUAUAAAGGACGAUCUAAUUAAGGACGCCUUACCAGUACUGACUGACUCUGUGAUUGUUCCAUAUGCUUCUCAAGGAGUUAAAAAUCAAGGAACCAUGGAUUCAGAAAUAUUUUACAAUGCUUCAGGGUGUUUAAGGAACCUGAGCUCAGCUGGGCAGAGCGGCAGGCAGGAGAUGCGAAACACUCCUGGUUUUAUUGAUGCUCUCAUGUCUCAUGUUCAAGGAUGCCUUGCUGUGGAUCAACCUGAUGAAAAGUCUGUUGAAAACUGUGUCUGUAUCCUCCACAACCUCUCGUAUCACUUGGAUUCAGAAGUCCCAAGUGCAUUUGCCCAUUUCGGUGAGCAGGCGGAUGUGCAUCUCACCAAAAAGAUGUCAAAGAGGUCUUCUGUAGGCUGUUUUACUCCAGGAGCAGAGCAUUUUGAGGAGGCAGAUUUAUGUAAUAUGUAUUUCACUCAAGAGGACGCCAAUCCCAGAGGAGUUAACAACCUCUUCCAUUCGAAAGCAGUUAAAAUGUAUGCUUCGCUGUUGGACAAAUCCAAGUCUGAUGCAACGUUGGAAGCCUCUGCUGGAGCUCUGCAGAAUUUGACAGCCGGCAACAAAGUGUCGUCAUACCUGAUGAGUUCGGCAUUAGUGGACGGAGAGAAGGCAAGUCCGCAGGUGGCAAAGCUUCUCCAUUCUGGGAAUACAGACCUACAGAAGACAGCAGUUUUAUUGCUGAAUAACCUUACACGACACAGUAAUCUCCAGCCACAAUUGGCUUCUCAGACGCUACCAGCGUUAGCACGGCUUCUCCCUAGUGGAGGCAAGAGUACAGCUCCUUCAGAUGACACCAUCGCUUCUGCCUGUAACAUUAUGCGAAAUCUGAUUCCUAAUAACACCAGCUUGGCAAAAACAGUGCUGCAGGGUUCUAUGUUGAGAAAUCUGAUGAAUCUCAGCAAAUCCAGUACACAUCCCUCAGCUGGGAAAGCUGCCUGCCUUUUCCUGUAUGAAAUGUGGCUGCAGAAAGAUCUACAGAGUUUCUUCAAGAGGGAAGGAUUUUCAAAGAGAGACUUUGUAAAUGAUUUGACAUCGUCUGCAGUCAAAUUAGCACAACAGAAUGCUUUAGGAUUCAUGAGCAAAAGGUUCUGAAAUAAUUGCUCAAAAGGUGGAUUUGAUUAUCUAUGACGAGUCUCUUCAAGAAACUCCUGUUGCAUGGACUGGACACUGGGGGGGUGGGAAAAAAGAAAAUCUAGUGGGUUUAUGGUGGGGAGAGUGAAAUUUAAAAGUGAUAUUUUUUUAACAUUUUUACUUUCUAGAAUUCUAUUGCAAGCUAAAAGUUCUAAAUUUACUGUAUAAGUUUGAGAGGCAUAUCUAAUAGAGAAAUGUUCUUCAGAGUAUCUCUUCACCCAAAUUUCUGGAUUUUUGCAAGUUUGCUAAUGCUUUAAGUUUGCUCUGGGUUAUUUUGGAUGUCAGUAUUAGUGACUUUAAGAUGUAUGUAAAUAAAUUUGAUAAUUUUGAUCAUUGUUUUAACCAAAAAAAAACUUUAAGUGAAUUAUUUUGUAUUUGGGUAUGUGCCAGCUGGCUUCAGCUGUUCAAUAUAAUUUUAAUGGACAUCAAUUUGUCAACAGUUUAAUUUGCUUCUUGGAAUAAUCCUUAAAAUGCUAGAGAAAUGAAAUAAUUGAUAAAGAUAGGAAAGAUACUCCAAAUUGAUCCAGGGCUUAUAAUGAUAAUGUAAUUUUAAACUAUAAAGUGAUAAAGCUUUUUUUUGUUGGUUUGUUUUCCUACGUUUAAUCUAUUAAACUUAUUUGGUAGAAUUGUCAGUCACACUGAUUGUACACCCAUAUGGUAUGCAUGAUCAAGAGAAGUAUAUUUUUUAAUUGCCGUGAUAAAACAAUAUGAGGAAAUUGUAUUUUAGAUUCAUAACAUUUUAUUUAUGGGAAUGAUUCACUCAAUUGGCUGGUGGUGUUUGAGGAAAAAUGGGGGGGAAAGUAACAUGACUUAUUUACAAGUGCUUGAGCUACAAUAAGCAGAGGCAACUAUGCGGACCUGGAAUGAUUUACUUUUGAAGUCAUUGAAUCUUGGCUUGCUGAGGCAAUAAUAAGAUUAAAUUACAGUUCUAAAGCAACUGAGUAUCAAUAAUACCAGUUUAAGUUGUAUAUUCAGAGUUCUUAAGAGUGAAAGGAAGGUCCAACUGUUUUAAUUAAAUGUCUUCCCAUUUUUUCAGUUGCAUAAAUAUGUUUGCAUGAUCCAGCUACAUUCAAUAUGCACUCAUUAAGACAUUGAAAUUUACUGUAUCCUUUCGCUGAAACUGCAAUAGUUCGCAUCCUAGUUGAAAGGAUCUGAACUGAGACACAUUUCAAAUAAUGUUUUAUAACCAAUUACUCUGCUCUUUUAAAAAAAAUCUAUGUAUUCUUCUGGCACAUAUUUGAUUUGAUAAAUUUUUAACUCUUCAUUAAAAAUCAAAAUUUUGCUACAAGUGAACUUUUAAAAGACAUGAUUGAAAACAUUUUAUAAAUGUUAUACCUCUCUACACUAAGUUUCUGAUAAAUAAUUCAGUAUUUACUUCAAAAAUGUUCAAAGGUUUCUGAGCUGACUUUUUAUAGUUAUGGAAAAUGUGUAUGUAGAAGGUUCAUACAUGUUUAAUGCUUUUUGCUUUGGGAAUAUUCACUCUACUCUCGUUAAUAAAUUUGGGCUUGCUGACCA